CACACAACCCACAAAAUGCUGUCUAGACCCCCGUCAGACACUGUGAAGCCACGGGCCGUCCUGAUGUCGGAGCCCAAAGUGCCCACCCCGGCCCCUGGGGACACCUAUAAAGGCUGGCUCUUCAAAUGGACUAAUUACAUAAAGGGAUACCAAAGGCGCUGGUUCGUCCUGAGCAAUGGCUUGCUGUCAUACUACAGGACCCAGGCGGAGAUGGGUCACACAUGUCGGGGGACCAUAAACCUGGCCACAGCCAAUAUCGCGGUGGAAGACUCAUGCAAUUUCGUCAUCUCUAAUGGCGGCACGCAGACAUAUCACCUGAAGGCCAGCUCGGAGGUGGAGCGGCAGCGGUGGAUCACAGCACUGGAGCUGGCCAAAGCCAAAGCUUUCCGCAUGCAGGCUGAGUCGGAUGACUCCGGGGAUGACUCCACUUCUCCUGGAGGAGGUCAGGGCUCAGGCUCACGCAACUCAGAGGUGCAGUCCACCCUUCGAACGCUGGGCAGCAAGGUGGAGGAUCUCAGCACCUGCAACGACCUCAUCGCCAAACACGGCUCUGCACUUCAGCGGUCCUUGUCUGAGCUGGAGGGAGUUCGGCUGGGAGGAGAGACGAGUGAAAAGAUUCGGCAGGUGACAGAGCGAGCCACUCUCUUCCGCAUCACCUCCAACGCCAUGAUCAACGCCUGCCGGGACUUCCUGGCGUUGGCCCAGGCUCACAGUAAGCGCUGGCAGAAAGCCCUGCAGGCCGAGAGAGAGCAGAGAGUGCGACUGGAGGAGACACUGGAGCAGCUCGCCAAACAACACAACCAUCUGGAGAGAGCCUUCAGAGGAGCCACCGUACUGCCUUCAUCCCAGAGCAACCCUGCCAUAGACAGCAAAGGCCCAGUUCCAGUAAAAGGGGACGUCAGUGACGAGGACGAGGAGAAUGAAUUCUUUGAUGCAUGCGAGGACGUUCAAGAGUUUAUCACUGUACCAGCAGACCCCAAAUAUCACAGGAGAUCCGGCAGCAAUGUCAGUGGAAUCAGUAGUGAGCUGGGAAUGGACGACGGGACGACGUCGCUAGAUGAGCAGUCUCUGGGGUCCAAUCCCGAAUCUCCACAGUCCCGGGAAGUAGUGCCUGUGAAAAAGAGGCGGAGCCGAAUCCCAGAUAAACCAAAUUACUCUCUCAAUCUAUGGAGCAUCAUGAAGAACUGUAUCGGAAAAGAGCUCUCCAAAAUCCCUAUGCCUGUGAACUUCAACGAGCCCCUGUCUAUGCUGCAGCGUCUCUCCGAGGAUCUGGAGUACUACGAGCUGCUGGACCGGGGCGCCAAGUGCCAAAGCUCCCUUGAGCAGAUGUGCUACGUAGCAGCUUUCACCGUGUCCUCUUACUCCACCACAGUUCACCGCACGGGCAAACCCUUCAACCCUCUGCUGGGCGAGACAUUCGAGCUAGACCGGGGGCAGGAGAGCGGCUACAGGUCCCUCUGUGAGCAGGUAAGUCAUCAUCCUCCGGCUGCGGCACAUCACGCGAUCUCCGAGCGAGGCUGGACCCUGAGACAGGAGAUCGCCCUGGCCAGCAAGUUCAGGGGAAAAUAUCUCUCCAUCAUGCCCCUGGGUUCAAUUCAUUGUAUCUUUGAGAAGAGUAACAAUCACUACACCUGGAAGAAAGUCACAACCACAGUGCACAAUAUCAUUGUCGGGAAACUCUGGAUAGAUCAGUCAGGAGAAAUAGAUGUUGUGAACCACAGAACAGGGGACCGCUGUCAUCUCAAGUUCGCCCCGUACAGCUACUUCUCCCGAGACGUGGCCAGAAAGGUCACGGGGGUGGUGACGGAUAAGGACGGGAAAGCACACUAUGUUCUGUCUGGGACGUGGGACGAGAAGAUGGAAUGCUCUCGUGUGAUGCAGAGCAGCAGAGGGGGAGAGAACGGCACCGACGGGCGACAGAAAACCGUCUAUCAGACGCUCAAAGCCAAAGAGCUGUGGAGGAAGACACCGCUGCCGGAAGGUGCUGAAAACAUGUACUACUUCUCGACCCUGGCGUUGACAUUGAAUGAGCCGGAGGAGGGUGUAGCUCCCACGGACAGCCGGAGGCGGCCGGAUCAGCGUCUGAUGGAGCAGGGCCGCUGGGAAGAAGCCAACGCUGAGAAACAAAGACUGGAGGAGAAGCAGCGCACCGUCCGCCGAGAGAGGGAGAGAGAGGCCAACCACAACGGCAGCCCUGCAGAAGAAGUUAAGGAGCCAGCGGACAAGGCUCUCAUUGAGGACUCCAUAUCUGACUCCCCACUAAAAACCGAAGAAGUCGAGAUUGCCAGUGAGCCCUCUGAGACCACUUACAAAACUGAAACACUGCACGGCUCACACCCACCUGCAUACUCAAGUGGUCACCAGGACAAUUACAAGCCCAUGUGGUUCGAGCGGCAGGUCGACCCGAUGACAGGAGAGCCCACGCACAUCUACAGAGGAGGAUACUGGGAGGCUAAGGAGCAAGGCAACUGGGACUCCUGCCCGGAUAUCUUCUGAUCCCAGUCACACACAUGCCCCAAGAUGUCUUCACUUUCCAGAUUCCCGGAAGAUAACAAACAAAUGAAAGCUCAGUCAGCUGCCCCUUCUCUUUUCCCGUAUCGUAGUAUAUCGAGAUGCGUGUCCUCUCUUUCGCCAGCCGUGCUCCACUCAGUGGACAGUAAGGGACACCGAAUUGGACACCACCAUUUACUGUGUGUCUCUCUGUUCUCCUCGUGUUCACGGGAUUAUUAGAGAAUAGGGUUCACCAUUCAGUAAACGCUAGCGUUAGGAAAACAUAUCCUUUCCCGCUCCACAAAUCUUCCUCAAGCUGUGGACGUCAUAUCCUUAAACAUCUGGGGGAUAUGAAGGCUUGUUUGUGUGUGUGUGUGUGUGUGUGUGUGUGUGAAUGAGUUCAGAGAAGCGCUGUAGUGCUCUUUCUUUUCAUUGAGCAUGUUUGUGUGAAAGAUGAAGUUUAAGAGCUUGCCUUGGUUUGUGGUUUUUAAAGGAAUGGUUUGCGUAAAUAUGAAAGCUCUGUCAUUGUUUACUCACCACCUUAUUUCUUUUGCAAAACAAAUAUGUUUGUGCCCAACAUGUCAAGCACUAAAAAGUAUGAUAAAAGUACCAUUAAAGUGCGAUUUGAGGAGCUAUGUUCCUACUCAAUUUAUACAAUAGCUUUCUGUGAGGAUUUCUCAAAUUGUUUGAACGCCAGUUGCGACAAAAUAGUCAAACUGCACCAUUUUUUAAAACUCUAAUCAAAUUUAAUAUCAGAGCUCUCACGUAUUAGAAGAUUAUCAGUAAAUUGCACUCUUUUCAUUCACACUAAGUCAAUGCAUUACUUCAUAUAUAACAAACAAGUCAUAUACAUCACUUUUAUGGUGGUUUUAAGGCGUUAGUUUGGUCCCUUUUGGAGUUUGACAGCCUAUAAACUGUUCUACAGAAGAAAAACACCAUCAAAAAGUAUAAUGAAAGUAGAGAUUUGAGAUGUUAUAUUCUUUCUGAAUCUACUAUACAGUGCAUACAAUUUUUUUUUACGAUUUCAGAGCUUCGGCAGAUUUGGAAGAUUGUCCGUGAAUAAAUCAGUCUUUUCUGUCAAUAAGCAAUCAUAUUACUUGAAAUGUAACUCACAAGUCACAUGCAUCAAUUUCAUUGUGCUUUUCAGUCUUUUUUUUUUUUUUUUUUGGGUCCUUUUUGGACCUUGACAGACUAUAACCUGUUGUUCAAAAAAACA